AUGGCUGCUUCAGGCCAAAAUAUUGAGAAACCCCAGGGUGCCGAUGCGGUACAACGCAUCCUUAUCACCUUGACUUCCAAAAAUGUUCUUUCCUUGGAAAAUGUGUACCGUGAUUUGAUCAAUGGCUCCAAAAUCCAAAACUUGCGUGUUAAGGGUCCCGGACGCAUGCCAACCAAAACUUUGCGCAUCACCCCCCGUAAAACACCUUGUGGUAAAGGUUCCAAAGCUUGGGAUAAUUUUCAGAUAAGAAUUAAAGGGAAUUUAAGAAUUUAG